AGUGCAAGUCCACACCACAACCGGAUAAAAUAUAUAUACCAAAUCGAUUCUAGCGGCCAGUGGACAUUCGCUGCUGGACUGCUGUACUGAUAAGACCCUCCAACGACGACGUCGAAGUGGGUGCGCGUGAUCUUUGCGAUUUUUCACUGGCGAUAUUGAGUGUUUGAUUGAUUGAGAGACUGAAGUGCAAACUUGUUCGGUGAAGUGAAUUGUUUGAAUUGUCUACAAAGAAAUUAUGUACGGCAGUGUGCAAGUUUAGUAAGAAGAAACCAAAAUGAAGUUCGAUAAAAGCAGUGCAAAGUCUCCCCUCGCGGGUGAUACCGUCAUCGAAACGCAGCUGCAACCGGCCGAAUACCAGCACGGCUCAGUCAGGCUGGCAGUCACCGCCAGUAGGGGUAGCAAAGAAAGUUUGAACGGUCAAAGUGAAGUGCAAAAGCUAGACUCGCUGCCAUCAGGUCGAGCAUUGACGAACGAUUCCUCGGAAGCAAAGGAUCAAACGGAAGAGCUUCUGGAAUCGACUGUUUUGGCUUCGUUCUACAUGGAUGGGAAGCUAGUGGAACUGGAUGCGCAGUAUUUGCAGCAGAAAGAGGAAGCCGACGACGAGAAAUUCAACUCGACAACCGAAGGAGUGUUUCAUCAGUGUCUUGUAACAUGUGCAGUGUUGCUGCUGGCAGCAGCAUGCGGUAUGCCAAUUGGCUACUCGGCGGUACUGCUUCCUCAGCUCUACAACGUCAGCGAGCCGCUGCUCAUCGAUAUGGAGAUGGGCUCGUGGAUUGCCAGCGUCCACAGUCUGGCAACGCCCGUCGGCUCGUUCGCUUCCGGUCCCAUCAUGGAUCGCUGGGGACGCAAACCGGCCCUCAUGGUAGCGAUCGUACCCCUCAUCAUUGGAUGGAUCUUCCUUGCGACAGCGUCAUCACACUUCCUCAUUCUCGUUGGACGCAUCGUUGCCGGCAUCUCCGUUGGAUUAAUCGCCGCCCCCGCACAGGUCCUGUUGGCGGAAAUUGCUGAGCCACAUCUGCGCGGUUUGCUGAUCGGGGUUCCGUUCGUAUCCUACUCGUUGGGAAUUCUGCUGGUCUACGCCCUGGGAAGCUUCCUCCAUUGGAGACAGGUAGCUUGGUCAGGAACGAUCCUUCCGGUACUGUCGUUCGUAGCCAUUGCACUGACACCGGAGACACCCGUCUAUCUAGCGAGGAACAAUAAACUCCAGAAAGCCGCUAAAGCCUUGCACUGGCUUCGGGGAUGUCCUGUACAGGCCAAACGUGAACUCGUGCAACUGAUCAUACGAUUCCGCAACGAGACACUGGAGGGUAACAACGGUGGUAUCUGGGCAUCCUUAGCAGAGAUAUCCCUGAUCAAACCACUGGUCAUUAUCAAUGGAUUUCACGUCCUUCAGAUUCUAUCCGGAACGUAUCUGGUAGUGUUCUACGCUGUGGACAUCAUCUCGGAUAUGGGUGGCAGUGACAUCAAUACAAUGCAGGCUGCAGUGUUAACCGCGGUCGUUCGACUGGUCUUCACAUGCUUGUACUGUUUCCUACUGCUGGCGAUACCUCGCCGACUGAUGGUCAUCGGCAGUGGAAUCGGUUCCGGGCUGAGUUGCCUGGCGAUUGCCAUCUUCAUGUACGUCCGAAUGGACGCGCUGAAAACGUCCAUGGAUACCUACGUGAUGGCUGUGUUCAUCUUGAUCUACAUCGGGGCCAAUACGGGCUUCAUGACCAUGCCGGGCAUCAUGAUCGGCGAACUGCUGCCGGCGAAGAUCCGCGGUCAGAUAGCGGGCUAUCUGUUCACCGUAUUCAAUCUGAUGCUGUUCGGGGUGGCAAAGGCGUUUCCUUACGUUAAGGAAGUGUUCAAAACGCAGGGCUUGUUCCUGAUAUUCGGCGUUGCCUCGUUCGGAGCUUCCCUGCUGGUGUAUCUGAUGCUACCGGAAACGAAGGGUAGGACACUGCACGACAUCGAGGACUACUUCCAGCAGCGGAAUUGGUUCUGGGUGAACCGAAGGGUACAACGCGUCAAGGGGGAGCUGGGUAUGGAAGAGGAAGGAACGCCGCUGAAGGAUUUGAAGAAGUAAGGUGUGGUUUAUAUGGUAUAGGGGAAUACCUGGAUGAAUGGUGGCGGGAAUUGGUUCGUUUCGUGCUGUUCGUUGUGGCCGGUUGGAAAGUAUUAGAUGUACCUAGAUGGGUGUCCACUGGGGUGCUUCAUUUUGAGAAAAAAGAGACUUAUUUCUUAUAGGCCACCCGUCAGGUUCGAUUCAUAAUUCCAAAAUAUGGACCUGGGGCAGAAUUGGUAAAGAUUGAUGAAGGUUUAGAGGUCGCGACCAAAGAACAAGAUCACGAUCGAAGACAAAAAUCAACAAGCACACAACUGCGGUUGAUAUUGCAAGCUAUGAUUUUGCAGCACGCUAACAAAACUCACCAGCUGCAAAUCUCACCAGACUGCGGUGAGAUUGAGUUUCAUGAUUUUUGCUUUACACCCGAACGUAACCGAAAGUUCCAUAACGGCUGGCAGCAGGCGCUUCGUGUCUGCCAUCGAUGAAGACAAAAUAGAGAUAGCAUUAUUAUACCUUUUCUUUCUAAGAAAACGAGGUGCAACGGAAUCAUUUUUACGUCGAUUGAACUCUCAGCUUCAACUUUACACGUUGUGAAAAGUCUUGCAUUAUCAAAGGAACUUGUAAAAUCAGGCGUGAUAUUGAAAGCGUAUGAGAGCGGAAAAAUAUCAAUUUUCUAACGAUUAUGCCAUCACUGAUUGUCGAUACUCUAAAUUGAGAAUACUCAUAAGUUUUGUCAAUACUAUUUAUGGAACCAUUGACGAAAUUUCGGUCGUGUGAGGUUUACAAAUCUCCAACGCCAUUUUGAAAUUCCUUGGUGACAGCUGAUUUGAAUUCAAAAUAAAUCAAUAAAAAUUUCGCAUGAUCUAAAAAUUCAAAAUGCUAGCUACCGAUUUCAAAAAAGGAUUACUCAAACGACAUAAUGUAAUCAGCAGAUAUGGAUAAAUUGUACAAAGAAUGUAGCGUUUUUUAUGUAAAUUGGAAGCUGAGAAGCCUGACGUCGAGGCAUUUAAAUUUCAUGGAAAAUUCAGAAGACCCCAAGACUUACUCAAUAAUAAGUAAAACUCAAGAAGUCUAUAAAAUCCCGCCUUGAUAACGUCAGAAGACACCAACAUUAGUUAAAAAAGACAUCCAGUGCAGGUAAAUUGGACUUCGGGGUUGAGUUCAGCAGACUUAGAGACGUGAACUAAACAUGAAAGUCUAAAACACCUCUCUCAAGGGUUGGGAGGGCUUUGGAGAAAUUCAUUAUCUCUGGGGAAAACGGCCAGAGCACUUCGAAUGUAAAUCCAUAGGACAGCAAGUCUAAAAAAUCCAACGGAGUAUCCAGGGACUUCUAGUACAAAUCCUGAGAGCUGAGAUUAGUUUUUCCUACCCGGGACAUCCCGGUAAUUCUACCAAAAAUCAUAUUUCUUUGUUCCCGGGAAUCCGUUCCAAUUUCCAGGGAAACAAUUUUAGAAGGAAUUUUUGGUGAAAGUAACAAGAAAUCUCCUAGGGGAGUCAAAAGAAAUUUCUAAGGAGACAGUUUGAAGAAACUUCCAGAGGAAUCUGAAGAUCUUCUAUGGGAAAUCGGAAGAAUGUUCUUGAAGCAGUCGGAAGUAUUUUCCGAGGGCAGCCAGAAGAAAUUUCCGGGGAAGGCUAGGAAAAACUACUGAAGAAAUCAGAAGACAUUUCCAUGCGAAGCCAAACAGAUUUAUCAAGGAAGUCGGACGAAACUUCUGGAGAUGUCGAAAAAGCUUCUGAGGUAGUUGAAAACGAU